AUGAUGCGGUAUAUGAGUGAGUCCAAACCAAAGGAAUUGAUACCUCGUCCUUUGAAAAUUAUUUCAAAAAAAGACUUGUUGGCUGCUCGCGCUAAAUGCUUAACUGAAAAGAAUACUCCAAUGCAACUCCAAAUAGUUGAUGUUGAAAAUAGAAAUAAAAUUUCCAAUAAACAAAGUAUUGAUUCCGAAACAAAAAUUCAGGAUUUCCCAAAAACCAAAACGGAUUCUGACAAACAGGCUCCUAGUCAUUUUAACAAAUCUUUACUAACAACGUCUUGUGAGACAUUGGAACUAUUGAAAUUAUCGGAUCGAUACACAAAGACUAUUGGAUCCACACGUUUUAACGACAGUCACAAGAAUACUUUAAAACCAACGGUUGAGGGGAGUAGCGCUAGAAAACGCGUAGGUUUGGAAAGCAUACUAACAACUGUUCGACUAUGUUUUAUUUCUUCCUUUUUCUUUAAAAAAAAGGUUGAUAAAGGCCAGGACAAAUUGAAUUGGUGUUCAACUGAUAUAAAGGAGAAACCAUUAAAGAAAUCAGUGCUACGUUAUCGUUUACGUCAAAUAGCUAUUGGUAGAUAG